UGAAGAAGAAGAAGCCCGCCAGAAAACCAAAGAAGAAGAAGAAGAAGAAGAAGAAGAAGAAGAAGAAGAAAAAAAAACAAGAAAAACAAAAACAAGAACAAGGCUACUGUGGCGAAUUGAUAGAGUGAUGUAAUUAUUUAGUGUGACACAAUAAGUUUGCCAUAUAUUCGACAUGGACAACACGUAUGACCAAGCGUCAAAUAAACAGCAGCCUUCUGUCUAUACUGGCGGCUAUCUGGAGACACCAUUUGCCGCCAAGCGAACACCGCCGAGCACGUAUCAUCAGCCGACACAGCCGGACAAUACUGCUCCACGCUGGACUCCUUCACAGGGAUACGACGGUCCCCCGUACGGAUUCAGGUGCGAUUUCUCCGCACCGUCUCCCGGAGGACGAGGUUUCGGAGGGCCUCGCUUAUGCCUUCCGUAUGGAUUUGACCCAUCCGUCCCCCUGCCUCCUUUCGGCUGUCUUCCACCCGGACACUUCCCUAGCAUGAUUCCCACCCCUCCGGUAAACACAUACAGCAAUGGUGGGGCCUCAGCGUUUCAUCGCACACAACAAUUUAGGCCCGGUCCUCAGCUGAACGUUACCCAGUAUGACCCGGACUCUAGUCGGAAACACCAACAGCAUGAAUAUCAGGAUUUGUCCGUGAGUGGAGCUCCGUUCGGCUGCACAGUGUUUUCCCCGUGGGGUAAAGACCAUGACCGGAGUCCGGGAACAACAACACGAACUGAAGAUGGAACAGGCCUUCAAAGGAAGCACGAUCAACAGUGGCUUAGACUUUUCUUACAAAGCAGAGGCAAAACCUCCAAGAUCCCACAGACCCAGCAGAGCUGUGUUCCUGACCUGAGAAGGGCUCUGCACAGGGCAGCUCAACUUAUCUCUCAAUUGGCAGGGUCCUGUGAAACUCUGAAGAACAACGUGGAAAAUAAGUGUGCUUGGACGGACUCUUAUGUAAUGGCUUUAAACGUGAAGAAAGAGCUACAAGACAAACUCAAAGUUCUUAGUGACGGUUCGUGUUUAGAUACUUGGAAAGCUAAAUUGUCUUGUGUUGCUAAGAGGAGGGCCCGGCGACAGAGAGCCAGAAAACUGCAGCAGAUGGAGAUAAAACAUAGAGAGGACCUGCUCUCUGAGAAAGAGGCUGCCAUAGAUAAAUGGAGGCUGCAACAGAUACACAAAGUAGAGGAGAAGAAGAAGGAACAGGAGCUGAAGAUGGCCGCAGAUGCUGUUCUCUGUGAAGUGAGAAAGAAGCAGGCAGAUGUAAAGAGGAUGCAGGAUGUUCUGAGAUCUCUGGAGAAACUGCGCAGACUGAGGAAAGAGGCAGCACUGAGGAAAGGUAUUGUAGCUGAGCAAGAAUGUAACGAGGCCUUCAGCAGCCAACUGGAGCAGCUGAAGUGUGUGAUGAAGAAGAGGACAGCAGUUUACUCAGCAGAGCAGAAAGCUCUGAUGGUGAUGCUGGAAGGAGAGCAGGAGGAGGAGAGGAGGAGAGAGUGGGAGAAACGAGUGAAGAAGGAGAGGGAGAGACAGCUGCAGAGGAAACACAGAGUGGACGCAAUAUUGUUUGGAGAUGAGCUUCCGGCUGAUUCUGUUCUGCAGCCCUUCAGAGACUAUUACACCCAGGCUGAACGCUCACUGCACGCUUUACUACAAAUCAGGAGAGAAUGGGAUGCGUUUGUGAUUGCAACGGCUCAUCCUGAUGGUUCGCCGGUUCCUCAGAGCUGGGUCCUACCUGACACCCCCUCAGACCAUGCCUGGGCCUCUGCUCUGCACUCCGCAGACACUGAGUGAGACACCCCCUGACUCACUGCAUGUAAUGCCAACUAGUGCCUGACAUCCAACACACAACUAUAACUAUACAGUUUUAAUGCUAUUUGUUUUCUCGAGAGAAUGACAACAUUAACUUGAACAAGAGAAUGAGAAAAUUAACAAUCUGAUGUCAUAUCACUGUCAAUGUUUAUUUUAAUAUGUAAUCUGCAGCGUCUUGGGAGUUUUCAGACUGUAUAACUCUACAUGUCAGAUCUAAUAAAUGAUGACAGGGAUGAGAGAGAGCAAGAUAGAUUUAUUUAUUUUUGAAGUGUACUUUUAUUUUUUUUUAUUUAUUUUCCUGCUGUCUGUUAAUAGCUUUUCUCUGUUCUCAACCUCAGUAAUAAAAAUGUAUUUUGUUGGGAGGAAA